AUGGACGACGACAACCCAUGGACCGACCAUGCUGCGUCACAACAGCCGGCGUAUACGCAAGCACAACCACCGCAACCACCGCAACCACCACCGCAACCACAACCACCAUCGCCACCACAACCAGGCACCACCCACGACGAUGCCAUCGACAUCGACAUCGACCCGGCCACCACCGCCAUCCCAGACCCGCGCGUACACUCGACCGGCCUCGAGGGCAAGAACCAGAUGCUCCUCCUCGUAUUCAUACACGGAUUCAAAGGCAGCUCCGACACCACAUUCGAAGACUUUCCCUCGCGCCUCGCCCACAUGCUCGCAGAAACCUACCCGGGCCUCCAGGUCGAGCCCAUCGUAUACCCGACCUACGACACCCGCGGCAGCCUCUCGGCGGCGGUGGACGCGUUUGUCGAGUGGCUCACGGAGCGGUGCGUCAACCUCGAGUCGAAACCCGUCAUCGACCCGGCCACGGGCGACUUCCAGCGCAACACCGGCCGCGGCGGCGGCAUGGGCAGCGUCAAAGUCAUCCUCGCAGGCCACUCGAUGGGAGGCCUCAUCGCCGUAGACGCCGCCCUAGCAAUCGCACGCAGCACGGCAAGUCAGACGGCCGCCAACACCGAAAAGCCAGCCGCCCUCUGGCCCAGGGUCACGGGCGUCAUCGCCUACGACACCCCCUACUACGGCGUCCACCCGGGCGUCUUCAAAAACGGCUUCAACAAGUAUGCCGGCUACGUACAGACGGCCCAGACCCUCGGCACCUUCUUCGCCCCCAUGGGCGUCGGCCUCGCCGCAAACUGGAACAACAAGCGCAACAACUCCGCGCCGAACGCAUCCGGCACGCGCUCGGCAUCGGCACCGGCGGGGGCUCAGCCCGAUCCGGGCACGUCAAGGGGCGGCGGCGGCGCUGGCUGGAGAAACGCCCUGAUUGCCACGGGCGCCGUGGCGCUCGCAGGAGGCGCAGCGGCGUCCUACUUCAACAAGGACAAGAUCGGAGGGGCCUACGGCUGGGUGUCUGACCAUCUGGCCUUUGUCGGCAACCUGUUUGACAACCAGGCGAUGCGCAGACGCCUCGACGAUCUAGUCUCGCAACCCCAGAUCCUCUUCCACUGCUACUACACCCGCCUGCCGCCUCGGCGCAUCGCCGGCACGCAGACGACGACGCCCGAGCGCACCUUUAUCAUCCUGCCACCUAGGGACGGCAAGAGCGCGGCCCUGUUCACGCCCAUGGACAACGCAAAAUCCGCCGACGAGGUGGAUGCCCACAUCUCGAUGUUCAAUGCCAAGAACAACCCGCUCUACUUUGACCUCGGCCUGCGUGAGUGGCGUGUUGCUGGCCCGGCAUUGCUGGUCUUACGGAACAGCCGCUGA